AUGAGCCACACAAAGAUUCCCGGGAUCGCGUCGCAUAAAAGACCACUGCAAUGUAUUGACGCUGGAAAUACGCCUCUCAAGCGAGCCAACAUUUUGGGAGAUGUAACAAACACUUCAAUUUUAGGCGAACAACUCAAAAGCAGUCACUUGAAAUACGCAAUGUCUUCCUCUGCAAUAGCUGACCCAAAUCUGCGGCUCAUGAACCGCUACUACUAUGGAGAUCCAAAUGUGAUAGAGGAGGUCAAGAAACGGGAGCGGAAAAUUGCGCGCGAUAUCCAGCAUUUUCGCAAAUCAAUAGCUGAAAUAGACACAGAGGCCAAGCAUUUACGUGAACGAGACUUACCAGAUUUAAGAUACGAAAUGUCCAAAAAAAACGCCGUGCUCAAUGAACUGCGAAAGGACCUUAUACAAGUUACAGCCGAUCUUGACGAAAAGGCCAAUGAUUACGAAAGCUUGAAGGCUAACGGUCAACUCGAGCUCCAACACGCGCAGCUUAAGCACCAGGUCGCGUUGCAAGAAGUUCAAAAUGAGCUGGACCAUAAGAUCAGCACGUUCAAAGCUGAGUGGGAAAACAAACUGCGAGAAAUGGAGAACUACACACCCGACCCUGAGAUUUUGGCCGAAAUAGAAGGUUUGCGGCGCCAGAAACUCGAGCGAGAAAACCAAAUACGACAAUUGAAUCUAGGUAAUGAGCAGGCUUGCCAAAGGAAAAAAGAAGAACUGGCUGCUGAACUAGAGCAGCAGUUGGUGCGAAAGCAGGAUACAUUGAACGAAUUACGGACAAAAAACGAGUCUGCUGAGCACGACAAAGCUGUUCUUGAAAAUGAGGUAAAGUCAGUCACAUCACAGUUUGCCCAAUACGAAGAUCGCUGCACUCAAUUAAUGCACCAGAUUUCGGAGAUUAACUCUCUUGUCACAGAUUGUCUCGAAGAUCGCUCUCAAAGUGUAAAUGCGACAAAAAACGCAGAAGCGAUAUACCUGGAAUCCAAAGCCGCCACGGAAAGUGUUCAAAUAGAGGCGCUCGAGGUGGAAGCGCGAUAUAAUCGGGAAUAUGACAACAUGGAGAAGGAACAGAAAAGAAGAAGAGUCAUGGAGAAUAGUAUUGAUGAACUCAGAGGCAGAAUACGAUGCUUUGCGUUCGUUGGAGACGAGGGUUCAGAAGAAUCAACCAUAGAUUAUUCUUGCAAGACUGUGUCUGUGAAAAGAUCCGAGCCCUGUUUGUUUAAUCGGAUAGUACCGCGAAAGCUAGUGUCCGAAAAAGAAUUGAUAAGUCAAGAGUGCGAGCCAUUUUUUCGAAUGUGCAUGGACAAACAAUUGAAUUUCAAUGUAAUGUCUUCACCCACCGGAAAGCAAUUGUUGCUUAGAGAGACACUUUUGGAAUACCUCAUUGAAAGUGGUAACAAAAAAUUGAUAACACAGUACGUCUCUCUUGGGGAAGGAGCAGAAUCUCGCGACUUGUUUUUACAAGCAGACAAAAACGAGCAUGCUGACAUUCAGCUUACUAUUAAAAAAGACACCAUUGAAAUGAACUCAACUAUUCUCGAAAUGCGGUCUACACAGGAUAUAAAGAACAAUUUGGCCCGCCUAGAGGCAGAAGUCGGCUCAGAGAAUAUUGGAAUUCUAAAGGCCGAGAUUUGGGAAGAGCAUACCAAGUGUUGUGAUGCGUACUAUCUGGAAAUCAACAAUCUCACGAUAGUGGAUACUCUACGCAAUGUUCGUGACAAUCAUACCGUUGCAAAGUCACCCAUAGCCAUAAUAUUACAAACGCUUCUUUCAAGGACCAAGUCCCUGUUCCUGUUCAAUCUUUUCGAUGAGCAUACAGCGGAUCCAAGUACCAUAUUGGACUCUGUUAGGUACAUAAGCCAAUUUGAGGUGCCGCGAACUCAUCUUGAAGGGGGUAAACUGUAA